AUUGAAAUACCAUGAUAUGAAAAUACAUUAAAAUGUUUAGUUUAUAAUACACGCCAUCUAUGCUGUGUUUUGGGGAAAGAUUACUCCCUUUUGUUUUUCGCAAGGGUGAAAAAAAACCUUACUAAAAGUAAAUGUAUACAAACAAACGAACCAACCCGCCAUUUUUCAAAAUGGCCGAAUGCACAAAGAGCGAAGAAAUGGACACGGAGAAAAAAGCUGACGACAACGAUGGGAAAGAAAAAAGCGAACGUGUCCAAGAACCGAACGUGGAAAGCGCAGACGAACCAAAGGGAAAACACGCGUUAUAUAUGUAUGAUGCUUUGAAUAAAACGCUCAAGAAAUGUUUAUCAGAGACUAGGUAUAGUGUUUUUGCUCGUAACUACCAGUUCGCCCACAAACAGAAACCACGGCUACUGAAAAGUUUGUUUAAAAAAUUUACAGAGAACCUUAAAUCAUCUGCUGAAAGUGAAUUUGAAUUGAUGAUAAAAGAAGAGAAUUUAGUUGCAUUGUGUAAUGAUUUAGACAAGAUUAUAGAUGAAACAGAGAAUUCACAACAUGCAUGGAGACCAACACGAGAUGCAGAGAAAGACCUUCUCAGUCACUGUAUGGUUGAGAAGUUACAAGAAAGAGAUAAGUUGUUGGAGCAGGUUAAACAGCUGGAGAAGGAGCAUAGUCAACUAAAAGAGGCUUUUAUCGCAAGACGAACACAUUUGCUAAGUAUAGAGGAAACCUUACAAAAAAAAUUGAAGAAUAUUGAUGAGGCUGCUGAGCUAUGCAGGAAGACCCCAGUAGCAGAGAUGGAAUCUUUAGUGUGGCAGGCAUGUGGCAUGAAAGAAAGUCCAACAUAAUCUACAUAUACUGCUCUGCAUAUUUAAAUUCAUGAUUUUCAGCCUGUAAAUAAAUUACCAGUGAUGUUUUGCAUAUUAAUUAACUGAUUUUUAAAUUUUACAAUUUGUUCCAUCUUAUAGGACAAAUUUUAAUUGAUUAUCUAAUGUAGUGUAAUAAUCACUUAAACUGAUUGAAUUGUGUUCUGUCUAGAGAUCAGGGCAUGAUGUUAACUUUUAAAAUUGCUUGUCUGAAAUGCAUGUUUGUAUAUAUUUACUGUAGUCUGUUACGGCAAAUUCAGUUGUCCGAACGUCAAUUUUACUUGUCUUGGACUCUACGCUUAGUGUCUAGCCAUGUAUAUAUUGACAGUAAAAUUACUAAUACUUGAUAUCCACAGACCAUGUGUAUGUAAUCUCAUAAAUACUUUAUUCAGACAUCUUCCUCAACAUCACAGAACGCGGACUAUUUAGAUCAAGAUUUUUACCAAUCUGAUCUUAUUUGAUAUUGUUCUUCGUUUGAACAGUUUCAUCAUCAUCAGAAUAACUCAAGUGGGCCAUGCAGAUAAAAUCACCUAUUUCUUCUUUCACAAGGAAAGAAAAUACUGAUAAUAAUGGAAUAAUUGUUCAUAACUUACUGGUGUAUUGUGACGAUGGAUACCAUGGAUUGUAGAGUUACCAGUAGUUUAUAAAGUGACUUAAAAUGUUCCUGUUUGUUGCUGUUGUAUCUCCAGGAAAGGAAAACUAUUGUAUUGAACAACAUACUGCACUGGAAGCAUUAUACAAAAGUAGAUUUUAAUCAACUUUUUGAAACCAUUUAUAUAUUUAAUUGGUGUCUUAGUUUUCCCAAUAUUUUAACUAUCGACUGACUGUGCAUACUAAGCUUUGUAUUUUUUUGAGAGAGAUGAGCUACAUGGAUUAUUGAAAGUCAACUUAUUUUGACCUAGUUAUCUGAUAAAUUUUUUCUAUUAUCUCCGGAACUAUUUGUCUAAUGUUUUUGGAUUUGUUUUUCUGAGGGAAAUGUAUUAAUAAAUAUGUUUUGCAUAUAUAAU